AUGACCCAGGUGCACAAAACCAUCGCGGUGGUGAACGCCACAGGGCGUCAAGCAGCCUCUCUCAUACGAGUGGCAUCUGCCUUAGGGUAUGGCGUUCGCGCCCAUACCCAUACCCUCAAAGGCGUGAUUGCCGAGGAGCUCUCCAGUCUGCCCAAUGUCACCCUCAUCAAAGGCGACCUUUUGAACAACACAGCUUUAAUGGAUGAAAUCUUCAAGGGCGCCCAACUCGCAUUCAUCAACACAGUCUCCCAAGCCGGCGAUGAAGUCGUCAUAGGUCGUGCAUUGGCCGACGCCGCCAAACGCGCCGGCACAAUCCAGCAUUACAUCUACAGCAGCAUGCCAGAUCAUUCCGUACACGGCCCUUGGCCCGGUCCGCCAAUGUGGGCGUGCAAGUUCACCGUGGAGAAUUAUGUCAGACAGCUCGGGAUUCCGGCAACGUUUGUUUAUGCGGGCAUCUACAACAAUAAUUUCACCAGCCUUCCCUACCCGCUUUUCCAGAUGGAGUUGCAGCCUGACGGGAGUUUUGAGUGGGCGGCGCCGUUUAACCCGGAUGUGCCGCUGCCGUGGCUUGAUGCCGAGCACGAUGUCGGACCGGCCUUGAUUCAGAUUUUCAAGGAUGGUCCGAAGCGGUGGAACGGUCAUCGAAUUGCCCUCACCUUCGAGACUCUCUCUCCGAUACAAGUCUGCGCCGCGUUUGGACGUGCCCUAGGUCGACGAGUGCGAUAUCGACGAACAUCAAAAAUCGAAAUCAAAGUCAAGAUUCCAGAGGGAUAUCGCGAACAAUUGGAGGUCCUAGAGGUCCUAUUUGGUCAACUGGAGGCUCCGUAUUUCCCACAGCCAGAAUUCAAUACCCCCGCCGCCGGAUCUCCCAAAGGUCUUGGACCAGCAGGUGGAAAAGGUGCGGGUGCCGGUAUGAUGCAGGGACCUGGUGGAGUCGUGUCUCAGCGAGUGACGGAUGAAGCUCGGAAGUUGUGGCAAGGCUGGCGUGACAUGGAAGAAUACGCGCGUGAAGUCUUUCCCGUCGAGGAAGAAGCGAAUGGAUUGCAGUGGAUGCUGUAAAUCUUUUUUUGCAUUAUGACUUCUCUCUUUCUUAGUUACUCAUUGCGGGGCGUUGUUCCUUUUAUGAUUUGCUCUUCUUAUGAACUGCAUAUUGGGUGUCACCUAUGGCUUGGGACGAUUUUACUUUAUUUGAUUACUACGAAUGAUGGUCGAGUCUCAAAAAAUUACGGCGUUAGUUUCAUUUGGAGCGCGGACAAAAAAAGUUUUA